CUCAACGUCCUUGGACGAGAGUCAUGAAAUGUUCUCCUUGUUGGUAAACACUACGAUACUUUUUCACACGAACACAUUUCGAAAAUGGAAAAUAACGAAAAACAAGUAAGUUAACUGUCAAAAUUUACAAAGCGUGACGUUUCACCCAUUUUUACUUUUCUAAAAAUUGUUAGCCAUUUUUCUGGUGACAAAUUAGUAAGGUUUUAGGGUACAUUGAACGUAUGGAUGCUUGAAUUACUGUGAUCUUGGAAGAUGACGGAUCAAGAGAAGGACACUGGGGCAACGCCUGCCGGAGGGUCGAAAGUAGUGAUGGUAGAACAAACGACGAUGUCAUCACACAAGCCCUACCGCCCCACUGACCUGCAGGACGAUGCCUCAGGGGAGCUCCACCACAAGCGGUCACGUGCUCCCGCUGUCCCGUCUGUAGCUGAAGAAUUCAAAGAUACACCUGAAAGUGCAGAAAUCAAGGAACAACUAGAAUCAACAAAGGGAAGCGAGUGCGGGAUAUCUGUCGAUAAGAUCAAUAAUAUCGAGAAGAAAGUAUCUUCGACGAUCAGUAAAAAGCGACCGUCUACACCAGAGGCUAUACCACUAGCACCAAUAGAGGUUGAAGUAAAGAAAACUGAAAUUCUUGCUUCACCAACAUUACACCCUGUACAACACCCUGUACAACCCAUACCGCCUGGCCUGGGCUCUAAAGCGUCCGAAGUCUCAGAUCUUCCAGAUAAAAAGGAAACAGAAGGAAAAGAAGAAGAGGAUAGUAUAACGGGAGAGAUCGCUGAACUACGGACGCCAGAUCCCACACAAAAAUCUACAGAAUGGUCUGACGAGGAGGAGGCGGGCGGGCUGCCGCGCAGUGACUCUCGGGCGUCCCGCGUCAGUCGCGCCGUGCGCCAGCUGUUCUGUUGCGGCGUGCCGUACGACGCCCCCUCCGAGGAAAACGACACUGAAAAUCAUAGUCAAAAUAAAGUGCCUGAAAACCAAGAAACUGAAGGAGCUGUACCACUGCAGAGAAAACUUGCGAGUGAAACUAUUAGGAAAAGUGGUAAUGAAUUAGAAAAUGAAGAUAUUUCCGGGAUCCAACAUAUAGAAAGGAAUUCUGAAAGAAAGUCUAAAAGUGAAACUAUAAACCAAUGUGACUUGAAUACUCGAAAUACUCGAAGUACGUGGGAUUUAGAGCGGAAAGCCUCAAUAGGUCCAUGUUACAAAAAAACUUUGCCGUUUGGAGAGCCAUCAGGAAUAUCGAUAUUUUUGCCUAAGAAGUCUUCAAAAAGUAUCAAAGAGGAUGUUACUUUUGUUAAAUCAGGCAUCAGUUUGAUCUUGUCAAAGAAAAAUUUUGAAACAAAGGAGUUUGAACUCCCAAAAGACAGCGAUAAAAUUUCAAGAAAAAAGAACCACAUCGAUAUCAAAGUAAAUAACAUACAUAUUAUAUACCUUAUCGUGGAAGAAGGCCAAUGUGAUACUAUAUUUGGUAAUAUUAAAGGGAAAUUGGAAUACUUGCGUGGAAGGAUAAAACAUGCGCUGCACAUGUAGUCUCGCUGUCACGAGCACAUUUUUUUUUUACUUCAUCAUCAUAUCCAUAUUAUUAUCAACCCCUCCCCAAUUCGCGAAUCACCAACAAUGCUUAAAUUCCUAAAUUCCUCUGGUGUUCCGGGUGUCCAUGGGCAGCGUUGAUUGCUUACCGCCAGGUGAUCCGUCUGCUCGUUUACCGGCUUAUCUCAUAAAAAAGUCAGCCACAAAGUCAGCCACAAGACGCAAGAUGUCUACGACUGAACACAGGCUUCCUAUUCUAUGCUAUAUUAUAUCCUAUCCGAUAUCCUUCCUAUCCUAUAUCCUUCCUAUCCUACCUACAGAUAUGGUUGGAAAUGGGAAGGACCUGCGUUCAUUUUAAUAACAUUUAAUUAUGUUAUUUCGAAGUUUUUUUUUGUUAUUGUUAUUUGAAUUUAUGAGUAAAAUAUUUUUGCUUAUACUGUAUACUUUUAUUUUAACGCAUAAUUAUAAAAUAUAAUCUUGUAAACAACACAAAAAUACACAUUUGUUUUCGCACAAUUUUUUUGUGAUUAAUGGACAGUUAAUUCGUGGAUAUUGACGUAUUCUGCUUUUUCGCACAUUUCACAGAUGAUAUAAGUACCUAAUUAGUAUACCAGUCUUACAAAACGGACGCCUCAAAAAUUUAUCUAAGUAAGAGAUGUUGCUAGCUGUAUGCGACGCAACUGCAUAUUUCGUCAUCCAUAAUAACAAAAAAGCAGUCUAGUCUGAAGAAACAAUUAAGGGUUCAUACGCACUAUGCCCGCAAUGCGGCUAGCCGACCGGUUGAUCGCAGGAUGCGGUUGCGAAUGCGGCCAGCCGGAUUCUCAAUCACAACGUGCGAUUGAAGAACCGUUGCGGUUUGCAGUCAUACCGAUCCAUUUCAAAGAUGGACGCGGAAGAUAUUGCAGCUAUUCUAUU